AGGAGGGGUAAAUCUCCAUGAGUUUUCACACACACUCAUGGUGGAGAUGGUUCACUGAAAACGGACCCUCUGUGCUCGGACUUAUUUCUCUGUCUAGAAACCGAAUAAAACUGCUAAAGGAACAUGAACAAACUUGCCAAAGCUCUGUAUGACAACACUGCAGAGUGUGCAGAUGAACUGGCCUUCAGAAAAGGGGACAUUGUCAUGGUAGUGGAUCAACAUGUGGCCGGUACCAGUGGAUGGUGGAUGUGCUCUCUGUAUGGACGGCAUGGCCUCGCCCCUGCAAAUAGACUGCAGCUCUUACCACAAACUGGAACCACUGCAGGCUCCUUAUGCCAUGUCAUGGAAAAAACCCAAUUAACUGAUGCUAAAACUGAUGACAGUAUGCAAAAUAUCUACCAGAUCCCAAGUGUACCUCGACCCUCCAGCAAUCCAGCUUAUGAACACAUGGACAUGAUAUACAAGGUCCCAUCCACUCCUUUAUCAACUUCAAAAAGUCCAAUUUUGGCAGCACACAAGCCCAGCACAGAAGGACCUGAGGAAGACACGCCAUCAAUCUUCAAUAUUGUGUCCAGUCCAAAAGGGGAGGUUUACGAUGUCCCAAGCCAAGCACGACGAGCUUCUCUUUUCACUGCAUCAACAACUCCAAGACAUAUGUCUCGAAAACACUCACUGAUUCCAAUUUCGGAGCUGGAGAAGAGAUCUGACUCUCUGGAGAAUUUAAGGAGUAGCAGUCUAGGAGACUCUUAUGUGUAUGCAGUUCCACCACCUUUGACUCAGGACCCAAACUAUGACAUCCCUGUUCCCUCAGUCACAGAAGCCAAACAGAAAAUAACUGGUGGAUACAGCACCCUUCUCAACCCCCGCAAGCCUGAGUGGAUCUAUGAUGUGCCAGUGGGUCCUGAGAAACCAAGUUCACCCCAAGGCUCCUAUGAGACCAUGCCAUACAAAGCUGUUUAUAAGCAACUCUAUGACACUCUUCCAGCACGGGCUUGGCCCACAGAAAGAGGCAGCCCAGCUCCCUCAGUUUAUGAUAUACCAAAACCCAGUUUUCUUGACAUACCGAGUCCCACCAAAGUGUUGUCGGUGGUCCCAAUUUAUGACAAGCCCCCAACUCAGACGCUUACAGUGGAGUCACUAUAUGCUGUCCCUCCCCAAGAGGAAUCCUUAACUCGAGUUCUCAGUGAUCCCCCCAGUGAUCGUAUACCCCUAGAAUGUAGAGGAGACUCAAGCAAUGUUCAUGAACUCAACAGGGCGUGCCUGCAGCGAAUGAGGAGCUUUCUGUCCUGUACGUCCUUCCAUGACCUUCCAGGAAGUGGGGAGUCACCGGUGCAGGAGGACAGUGAGAGAGGUAGAAUCCUACAUCUCUCGGCAUCAGACAGUCAAAGAAUAAGCACAGCCUCCAACUCCUCCAGCAGCUCCUGUGACUCUCUGGCUCUGAGCUCAUCCUCUCCAGAGCCCUUGCGAGAGGUCACACUCAGCCAGGACGAGGCUUGCCGCAGACUUCUGGAACUACAGGAGUCCAUUUGCAGGGCGGUUCCCCGGCUCAUGGAGUUUGUCAGCAGUCACUGGAGGAGCAAAGAACAUCUGCAGAAACACCUGAAGGAGAUCAAAGAAGCAGCAGAUGGGAUUGCAUGUUCUCUAACCUGCUUCCUAAACUUUGCCCUGGACAUUAAGGGUAAUGCCCGCCGUUUGACUGAUGCCAACCUUCAGACGAGGCUCCAUAAAGAGCUGUUCAUCAUAGAGGACUCAGGUGUGAUCCUACAACAAACAGUGAGUGCUCUGAACAUGGCCGGCUGGCCCCUCAACACAUUGUGCCAGGACCCGGGGCAGGUCCAGCUACCUGACCAACUGGAGCGAUUUGUUAUGGUGGCACGAACGAUUCCAGAGGAUGUCAAGCGCCUAGUGUCCAUCAUCAUUGCCAAUGGCAAGCUUCUGUUCAGAGCUUCUCAGAAAGAUCCAGAGCCCCUCAACACCACACGUCUGCCAGAGACAAAGAAGAGUCCUAACAGGGAAAAACAAGGAGGUGACUUAGUGGAGGAUGACAAUGACUAUGUAGAGCUACAGACUAAGAAUGAAUUUGAAAGGCAGCAAAAGAAAAUGCAGAGAGAACCAAAAGAAAAUGUAACACCAGUCUCUAAAAAGGCCCAGGCUGAUAACAAGCAUCAUUCCUCUGAGUCCAGCAGUGGCACAGAAGAACAUCGAUCAAUCUCUCUGUCAGAGCACUGUCGGCUUUACUUUGGCGCUCUCCAGAAGGCCAUCGGGGGAUUUGUGGGCAGCCUUCAGGAUGGCCAGCCACCUGAGAAAUUCAUCUCACAAAGUAAGUUGGUGAUCAUGGUGGGCCAGAGACUGGUGGACACCCUGUGCAGGGAGGCCCAACGUGGAGGGUCCAGCCAGAGCCUCCUGUGUAAAAGCAACCACUUGUGUGCCCUCCUGAAGCAGCUGGCUGUGGCCACCAAGAAGGCGGCACUGCACUUCCCAGAUAGACAAGCUCUGCAUGAUGCUCAAGAGUUUGCAAAGGAGCUGGCCCAAAGAGCACAGCACUUUCGCAUAUCGCUUGACUUCUGAGAGUCCACAUAUCAUGCAUAUUGAUUUUUUGUGCAACAGGUUUGGUUUAUUCAUCAGUCAUUUAGCUAUAUAUUUCUUUGUUCAUUCAUUUCAGAUUCAACUGCUAUGAAGCUUCACUAGCCAAAAAGGUAAUUUCUUUUAGCUGAAUGUAGUUAUAAUGAAUGCAGGUGCUCGUUAAAAUGUUAAUGAUGUUAGAAAAAGUGGCUGGGACAAACAGAACAAUUCAAAUAUGGAGUUGUAUUUAUACUAAAAUAAAAGACUUCUAUACAGUGGAUUUCCAAAAUGAAUUGCACAUUUAGGAUACUGUAUUCAAACCUAUUUUAAAAUACAAUUUAAAUUUCAAGUAUGAAAUAUAAUUUGUUUUAUAUAAUUUACAACAAUUUUAUAUUAUUUGAAUAUUGUUUGUUAUGUGGAUGUUUUAUGUAUUUUAUUACUUUACUGUGUAAGAAGUAUGCUCUCCAGGGCAGUAGUUUGAUACAGUCUACUUUUUGUAAAUAUCUAUGUAAAUGUUUCUCAAAAAUGUGUUAUGCAUUCCCAAACUUGUCUCGACAAAAGACUGAGA